AUGGCUGAGACUCAGACUGCACAGGCUGACCAGAGGAAGCCUUCCACCAACAAGAACAUCAAGAAGCUGCGCACCAUCUGCAUGGUGUCCAGCCUGACCCGGAGCUGGCAGAACUGGGUGUCCGAGAUCGAGGACAAGCAGGCCAAGGAGCCUGUCGGCUGGGCUCCUGACGCCCUAAGAGAACUUUGGGAUGAACCACCAAAGACACCAAGCACCAUGAAAUUAGGAACCUGGGAGAAGAAGGUUUGUCCCAGUCAGGAUCCUACCGCUGGCACCAACAUACCUGCUGCUCAGAACAACUCUUCAGCUGCCCAGCAGGAGUCGCAAGGCAGUUGUCCUCCUUCCCAAUCGGAGGGUAAAAGGAAGACCCCGCUAGUGCCUCUAGGGGAGUCCCGGAUCAAGACCAAGCAGGUGGUGAAGACUGUGACCAGCGGCAUUCAGGAGAGGAGUGUGGGCAUUACAUAUCUGACCGAGCGGAUUUGUAAGGAGGCUCCACUGCCAGGGGAGGAGAUAGACAGGAUGCUGAGCAAGAGGGGGUCGCCCACACACCUCAGAAAGUGCUCCAAAGUGUUGGAGCGGACCCGCAGUUGGAAGGAGGAGAAGGAGCGGAAUGUACCGUCAGAGGGAGAAUUUGGAGAUGGGCGCACCUGUAGCGUGGACACAGAGGAUAUUGGGUACUCUGAGGCAGAGGAAAGGGCCCUUGAGGCGGAGGGCGGCCAAGGUAACCCUGGACAGACAGACAGCUCUAAACCUGGACAGACAGACAGCUCUAAACCUGGACAGACAGACACCUCUAAACCUGGCCAGACAGAUAGCAUUGGGUCAUCCGGAGAGGCCAAGCAGAGGGACAAUGACAGCGUCUCACCUAAAGGGAAAGUUGAGUCAUGGGUGAGGGUCAAAAGACCCUCCAUCUCAGUGUGAGUUCAAUGUUCUUUCUUCAUGUACAAGUGAUGGUGCAUGACGGCCCCUCAUUAAACACUUACAUUCACUUCCCCCAAGUAAGUAAGGGAUAAUGUUAAUACACCUAUAACUGUAUAUAGCACAUAGUGCGAAACUUGUUCUGAACUUUACAAUGGAAAUAGAUGUUGCCAUGAUUGAUGAUUGUUUCAUUUUUUGGUAAAUAUUUUUGUGAUUGUCCUUCACAGGGGCAAAAAGGAGUUGGAUGACGCCAACAAGAUCAAUGCUCUCUCAAAGAAGUACAGUGCUGUGGGCGAUCUGAAGAGCCGCUGGCAGAACUGGUCCUCGACGCAUACCGUCAACCAGAAGCUCAACCCCUUCAGUGAUGAUUUUGACUAUGAAUACUCGAUGUCCUUACGCCUCCGCAAGGGCGAGGAGGGUUACGGACGUCCCAAGGAAGGCACGAAAACGGCCGAACGGGCCAGGCGAGCCGAGCAACACAUCCACGGUGAGAUAUCCGACAUGUGCUAUGUGAUCAGGACUAUGAAUGACCCAGAUCCGGACGGGAAGACCCGAGUUACUUUCAGAGAACUGUUUGAUAGAUACGUACGCAUCUCUGACAAGGUGGUGGGGAUUCUUCUGAGAGCCAGGAAGCAUGGGAAGGUGGUGUUCAAGGGGGAGAUGCUGUGGCAAGGGCAGGAUGAUGAUGUUAUCAUCACCCUGUUGGUGUGACAUCAUCUGUGGUGGAACCAUACAGAACUAAGGAGACCUAAGUCCUUUUUAACAUUGAAUGACUCUGCACUGAUAGAUUUGGAUAUGUUUCUCAAUAGGAACUUAGACAAUUUGCUGCUAUUGUUUACUGAAGAUUUAACAUCAGUAUCUAACUCAAUAUUGUAUGUUAAUUUGUUGCUUACAGCUGCAGUGUAUUUGUUUGUUAUGGGCAUCAGAGGUAAUGCUUGAACUUGAUUGAUUUGUGUUGGAUUACAGCUUUUUACUAGCUAUAUAUUAUGUCUGACCUCAUACAUCAUGUUAGAACAUGUGUUAAUAUAUGCCUAAUAAAUAGCUUAUUUGACUUGAAGAACAUUGUGUAAUUUAAACAUGGAUUGAGUUUCAUGAUGCACAGCACAAGCUAACUCUGAUGAGAUUACAUAACGGGUUUAGGAGACAUUAAAUCUGAGAUACAAAGGCUACAGUGCACACCAUGCAGGGGAGGUUGGUGGGAGGAGCUAUAGGAGGA